CACAUUCACCUUUCCCUGGGGAAUAAGGCUAAGGAGGCCUGGCACAUUUCCACGGAGAGAUCACUCUCAGGUCUUCUCUGAUGGUAUUUGUGUGGUUGUCUAAAGGCUGUUAUCAAUCUGAUUGUCUGUGUUCACUCCUAUUCUUCUGUUGUCUGUCAGUAGACUCAUAAAGGAUUAAUAUGGGCUAGUUAGAUAAUAGAUAAACAGGUAGGACGGAAACUAUUUCACAGUAGUUGGGAGCACUUUUGAAGGGACCAUCCAGUUACCAGAGUCUAUAAAUCCUAUUGAACAAGCACAGCAUACAAGAAAAAAUUAUAUCCGUUAAAUUGUGCAGGUCAUGGAGCAGCUAUGAAAUUCGUGUAGAAAUGGGGACAUGGUUGGAAAACUGACAGCUGGGAGAAAAUGAUUGUUAAAGUAAUCUCAUUUAAUACAUUUGCAUUUUAGUAUACUAGAGACCAAAACCUGGUGAGGACAAGUAACCCAGCUCUACCACUACUUGGCUUAUGCCAAGAGGACUCUAUAUCCUGGUCUACAGACACUUGCUCAACCAUGUUCAUUGCUGCCCUAUUCAUAAUAGGUAGGAAGCAGAAACAACCAAAUGCCUUUCAAUUGCUGAGUAGAUAACGAAAAGGUGAUACAUAAAGCACAACGGAAAUUCUGCUCAGCCAUAAAGAAAACAACAUCGUGAAAUCUGCAGUAAAAUAAUUGGAAGUAGAAAACAAACUGAGUGAGAACCCGGGGAUCAAAAGGCCACAUCUUUUAUUUUAUGCCUAUGGGUGUUUUUAUCUGCAUGUACAUCUGUACACAACAUGUCUGCCUGGUGUCACAGAGACCAGAAGAGGGUGUUAGAGCCCCUGGAACUGAAGUUUAUACACUCUGUGGGUCCUGGGAAAUGAGCCCGUGUCCUCUGGAAGACAGGUCAGUUUUUGUAAUCUUUAAGCCAUCUCUCCUGUAUUUAUAUUAAACCUCAGUCUUGCUUCAUUUUGACUCAGCCUGAAAUUCUUUUCUACAGCAAAGUGUGUGUGUGUGUGUGUGUGUGUGUGUGUGUGUGUGUGUGUGUGUGUUUCUGGCUUCACCUGAAUGGAGAUCUCUGAAAAGACCCCUCGAGCAGGUGGUAAACAGCUCCCGCUUCCCCCGAAAAUCCAUUGGUUCACUGAAGUAAAGGGUGGUCUCUGUGGGACACUAAGUCCAGGAUUUCCUGUGCCCCUUCAUGACUUCAUCUCCAGGAAUCAACAAGCAGGACGGUCCACUGAGUACUGGCAGACGCCCAUCUUCCUUUUUCCUUGCGUCAUGAGAGUCGCAAGAUUGCAGGUUGCUGCCCCUGAGUUAGCAGGGGCCGCUCGGGCUCCGGAGCUGUGGGAUGGCCAACCUUGGCAGCGGUGGCGGCGGCCGGGGGCUGCCCCGCGAGCUGUCGGAGCAGACGCAGCGGCGGGCGGGGCGGAAGUCCCUCACCCGCCAUCUUCCUUUCUGGUGACGCCCUCGGCGCUCAUCUGCCCUGGCGCGGAGGGAGUCAUGGUAGCUCGACCUCCGCAGUCAUGUAACCCCUCCCCGCAGGAACGGUUUUGACGCCGAGGCUCGCACGGGUGCCGACUUGGUGUCCGACGUCCCGAGUGCCGGCGAGCCGGACGGAAGUCCCUCUCCCGCCGUCGCGGGGCCGUCCCUGACGUCAGCCUGAGGGAGCCGGGGCGCCCGAGCCGCAGUGUGGCCACUGGAGGCCAGGGCGCAGGCAUGACUCGUUCAUACACGUACCUGGGACCGGAGUGCAAGAGGGAAAUCGAGGCCCUCCAUGACGCGGUGAACGUUUUUGCCUUAGAACUGCUUGUGGACGUUGAUUUAAAGUAGGAUGACGGCGAGGUCAGAAGAAAGCAUUCCUUGAAACCGUAGGUCCCCUGCGACUAGAGUUACUGGUGAUUGUGAGCCACCAUGCGGGUUCUGGAACCAGCCUCUGGGCUCUGUGACCUUUGAAGAUGUGGCUGUAAACUUCACUGUGGAGGAGUGGGCUUUACUAGAUCCUUCCCAAAAGAAGCUGCACAGAGAUGUGAUGGAGGAAACCUUCAGGAACCUGGCUGCCAUAGGAAAAACACAAGAAGACCAGCACAUAGACAAUGACCACAGAUAUUCCAGAAGAAAUCAAAGAAAUGAAGUUUUAGAAAGACUGUUGGAACAUAACAAAGAUAGUGAAUGUGAAGAAAUCUUCAGACAGAUUCCCAACACCAUUGUGAACAGGAAAAUUUCUCAUAGAACAAUGAUUUGUGAAAGUCAUGUGUAUGAAGACAACAUGCUCAUUGGUCAUUCAUCUCUUAAUGUGUCUAUGCCUCUUCAGACUACACACAAACCUCAUCAAUAUGAGCUAUGUGGAGAGAGACUCUUUAAGAUUGGGGAAUGUGAGAAAGCCUUCAUUUAUCCAGAAUGCUUUCUGAAGCGUGACGACACUGACCCUGAACAGAGCUCCUAUGAAUUUAACCAGUGUGAGAAAAUCUUCAAAAGUAAUGGCUGCAUUCAAAUACGUGUGAAUAAUGAAACUAGAGAAGAAAUAUGUUUGGAUAAGCAGCAUUAUAAUGCCUUUACUUAUCCUGAUUUUCUUCAGUAUGUUGAAAAGAUCCACACUGGAAAGAAACCCUAUGUAUGUAAACAAUGUGGGAAAACCUUUUCUUUUUUGAGUAACAUUAGAAGACAUGAACGAACUCACACUGGAGAGAAACCAUACAAAUGUAAUAUAUGUGGUAAAACCUUCACUUGUUUAACUAACUUUCAAGAACAUGAAAGAACUCACACUGGAGAGAAACCCUAUUUAUGUACACAAUGUGGGAAAUCCUUUUCUUUUCUGAGUAACAUUCGAAGACAUGAACGUACUCAUACUGGAGAGAAGCCAUACAGAUGCAAUCUAUGUGGUAAGGCUUUCAGUUACUUGACUAACUUUCAAGACCAUGAAAGAACUCACACUGGAGAAAAACCUUAUGUGUGUACACAAUGUGGGAAGGCUUUCACUUACUACUAUUCUUUUCAGACACAUAAACGAUGUCACACUGGAGAGAAACCCUAUGUCUGUAAGCAGUGUGGGAAAGCCUUCAGUUAUUACAAUUCUAUUCAGACACAUAAACGAUGUCACACUGGAGAAAAGCCCUAUGUAUGCAAGCUGUGUGAUAAAGCCUUUACUACUCUCAGUUCUCUUCGAUAUCACGAGAGGAUUCACAGUGGUGAGAAACCCCAUGUAUGUUUGCAAUGUGGAAAAGGUUUCAAUUCUUCCAGUACCCUUCGAAUACACGAAAGGACUCACACUGGAGAGAAACCCUAUAAAUGUAAGCAGUGUGGGAAAGUCUUUAGUGUUGACAGUUCCCUUCGAUACCAUGAGAGGAUUCAUAGUGGGGAGAAACCCUAUGUAUGUAAGCAGUGUGGAAAAGCCUUCACUCGGCACACCUCCCUUCGAUGCCAUGAAAGGAUUCACUGUGGGGAAAAACCCUAUGUAUGUAAGCAGUGUGGGAAAGGUUUUAUUUCUUCCAGUAACUUCCGAAAACAUGAAUCAACUCAUUCUGGGGAGAAACUCUGUGUAUGUAAACAAUGUGGUAAAGCCUUUACCGAUCAUAGUUCACUUCGAAGACAUGAAAGAAUUCACAGUGGGGAAAAACCCUAUGUAUGUAAGCAUUGUGGAAAAGGUUUCUCCUCUUUGAGUGGUUGUCAAAGACAUGAACAAAUUCACACUGGUGAGAAACCCUAUGUCUGUAAGAAUUGUGGGAAAGCCUUCACUAAUCCCAGUGCCCUUCGAAAUCAUGAAAGGAUUCACAGUGGUGAAAAGCCCUAUGUAUGUGAGCAGUGCAGGAAGGGUUUUAUUUCUUUUAGUAAGUUUAGAAUACAUGAACGAAUUCAUACUGGAGAGAAACCAUAUAAGUGUAAACAAUGUGUGAAAGCCUUUACUGGUCAUAGUUCCCUUCGACGUCAUGAAAGGAUUCAUAGUGGAGAGAAACCUUUUGUAUGUAAACAGUGUGGGAAAUCCUUUUAUACUUUAAGUGAUUGUCAAAGACAUGAACAAAUUCACACUGGCGAGAAACCUUACAUUUGCAAGCAAUGUGGCAAAGCCUUUACUCGUUCCAGCUCCCUUAAAAUACAUGAGAAGACUCACACUAGAAGGAAAUCCUAAGUGUAGAACAUGGGAAAUUAUUCUUAACAUGGCAAUGCAUAGGGCAGAGAACAAGUGUCAUGUUGUCUGAAGGAAUGCCUUUCGUCAUGUUGCCUGUAUUCACAGACAUGCUAGUACAUACUAUAGUGAGAAAUCUUAAAUGGAUGUGCAGAUGUCUUCAGUUGGUGGACCUCUGAAAAUUUACCCAGUAUCCAAACUUGUGUAACAAAGUUAUCAGCUAUGAAACAGUUUUCAGGAUUUUGUGAAAAUUCCUUAUGUAAUCUUAUGUAAUAGAAUUCAUAAUUUUUUUAAGAUUCUUAUGAAUAAGUUUGAGAAAGAAUAUUGCAUUAAUUGGUCAAUAAUUGAGAAAAUAAGUCUCUGGAAUGUUUACUUCUAUUUUUUAUUCUGUAAAUAAUUUUUCAGAUGACUUCUUCUCUAAGGUUUCUUUAAGCAGUGAGUCAGGAAUUUAAAAGGUAGUCUCUUUUUAGCCAAGUCAUGUAUAUUUUCAUAUUGGAUCCAUAUGUAACACAAUGUGUUUCUAAUAUGUUUUAGAGUAAUAUUAAUGAACUGUUGAAAUGAAGUUUAUGUGUAGAACUUCUCUAUUGAGAUCAUGUAGCAGCUUCUUUGAUGUUUUUUGUCUUGUUUUAUUUUGUUGGGGUUUUAGGGUUUUUUGUUUUUAUUUUUUGGAACAAGGUUUCUCUGUGUAACCCUGACUGUCUUAGAACUUUUUAGACCAGGCUAGCAUCUAACUCAGAGAUCUACCUGCCUCUGCCUCCCCAAUGCUGUUAUUAAAGGCAUGCGCCACCAUGCCUGGCUCUUUGAUAUUUAUACUGUAUCUUUUCUAUUCUUAUUUUGGCUCACAGUCCAUUAUGGCAGAGAAGUCAUUAAGUAGAAGAAUGUCUAUCAUUGUGCACACAGAAGUGAAUAGUGUGCAUUAUAAGGAAUCAGGUGAAGAUACAAGACGGACACACAUUCUCAGUGACCUGCUUCUGCCAGUUAUGCCAUACCUCGACCAUUUCACCACUCCCAGUUACUCCUUUGACUAGGAGAAAGCUCUGGUACUCUAGUCGUUUCUGGAAAUGACAGAGCAUAGUUGUGCUAUUUUACUGUAACAUCUCAGUGCAGUCCAUUUGUUUACUUCUCAGGUAAUUUAACUUUGUGUUUUAUAUUUUCAUAUGUGUUUUCUUGAAAACUUUGCACAUUAGAGUUCUCAACUAUUUUUUUGGUCAAUUUACAGAUUAUCAUCAAAUCAAAAGAUACCUGCAAAUAUCCUACCAUAAUCAUAUAUUAGGUAGAAUAUAUGCCAGUAUUUUCCCUUAAUGUCACAUUAUUCUGUGCUUACAAGUAAUGGCACCUUUGUCCAUAUGUUAAUUUUACUUCAGACUUGUGUUCUAACUCUGACUUUGCCCUUUGUACUUUACUCAUACCAAAAGACACAUGCUAGGCUAAGUGCCUUUUUACCAGAGACUACAGGGUCCUUACCUUUUGUGAACUAAUAUGUAAUUUGUCCAUAAACCAUAAGUGAUCAUGUGUUUUCUCAUUAAAAUCACUGUUCUUUUUAACUGUUUUUUGAGACAGUACGUUACUCUGAACCCAGGUUGACCUGUAAUUCACUAUUUUAAGGAUAAUACACCUGAGUCAUUAUGUGAUGUUUAAAAGUUAGUCUUAAAUUUCUGAAGGAUUUGUUUGUUUUAGAGGAAUCUCUUGGUACUAAACAUAAAAUGUCCCCCCAGACUGCAUUUCUACUAGACAUGUAUACACAUGCCUGGCUACACUAUAGGUGUGAAUACAGUUAUGUCUUUGAUAAUUAGUAUUUCUUACCAGGAAGCCUGCAGUAAUGGAAUAAAAGGAAACCUAAGUCACUAGAACUCAGUUCAAUUAAUAAGGAUAGGUGUUUUUACGUGUUUUAAAAAUACAGUUUCUCCAAGUUUAAAGAUUUGCGCAGGAUUUUUUGUUGUUUUGUUCAUUUGAAUCACCAAGGGACAUCUACAUCUGGAUUUGUGUGACAUUUAUCAUAAGAUUUGGCCUUGCUGUGAGUGUGAGACCAACUUCAAUCUUCUAGAUCCAUGUUUUGUGGGGUUUUCUUUUGUUUUAACUUACUGUUUAUUGUUUAGGCAUAGUAUUUUGUACAAAACAUUGUUCUUCAAUAAAUACAAUUCUACUUUGA